GAGAGGAGCAGCAGCGGCCGCCGCCGCCGCGGGCUCAACUCCACUCCCGGGAGCCAGAGCCGGAGCGGCGUAAGCCCGCAGCAGCAGCGGCGGCGGCGGCUGCAGCGGCAACAACAAAUCCAAGAGCAGGCAAAGACCUGAGAUCACCGCUCGCUUCCCGCCCGCCAAGGCAGGGACCCGGAGGAGCAAAGAGAGAAAGAGAGAGAACUCGGUGGCCGGGAGGCGAGAAGAGAAUAGAGAGAAGAAAGGGGGAAAGGGAGGAAGGAUGAAGGAUGGGGAGGACAUAACACUUCUUGGAAACUCCUCGCCAUGGCUUCUGUCACCGGCUCCGCGGCGGGGGUCUGAGAGUACUACUGGGGCGACCUCUCCUGAGGGCUCUCCCGGGAUUCUGAGCCGCGGAGAGAUGAGGGAUGCGGGGAGCCUGCAUCUUCGCGCAACUGUCCACUCGGGCUGAAAAGUUUCUCCAUGGUUCCUUUGUGUCGUCGUUGGCGCUCUCUUCCUGCAACCUUAGACUUCCCCAGUCUUCCUCGGCGGUGGUGGAGAAGCUAGCUUCCCCCCCUUACGAACACCUUCCCCCUACAACUGCCCCGCAGUCCAGGGGCCCGCGAUGAUCGCCACAGGGGGCCUCCUUAGGAUCUCCGCAAGAAAGCAAGAUCCUCUCCGCCCGCAGAGCCAGGUCCCCAAGCGUAAGAGGAAAGCCAAAAAGAAGCGCAAGAACGAUGUGGUGGUAGUGAAGGGCAAGUUGAAGCUGUGCUCCAUCUCGGGUCUGAUCGCCCUCUGCGGGAUCCUGGUACUUCUGGUAGGCAUAGCCAUGGCCGUGGUGGGCUACUGGCCCAAAACCGCUGGGACCCACCGGGAAGGCACCAAGCAACUGUCCCCAGGGGGGAAUGGACAUAGGGCCCUGGCCACCGCCAACAGCAGUGCCAGGGCCAGCAGCAACAGUAGCAACAAACACCCGUCGAGGGACCACCCGGGUGUUCUCAGUCUUGCUAACGCAGAGUCUAACUCGAGCUCCAUUUUUGCCACUAAGAGCAUGCCCCCGACCCGGGCGGCUGCCCCUUCUUCUUCCUCCUCCUCCUCCACCUCUUCCUCUUCGUCCGCUUCGGUAGGUUUUCUCUUCCAACUCUUCUCCGGCUACUUGCAUUCUGACAAGCUCAAAGUCUUCGGGCCCCUCAUCAUGGGCAUAGGCAUCUUCCUCUUCAUCUGCGCCAACGCCGUUCUCCACGAGAACCGAGACAAGAAGACCAAGAUCAUCAACUUGCGGGACCUCUAUUCCACAGUCAUCGACGUGCACAGUCUACGAGCCAAAGACCUGGCGGCGGCCGCGGCCGCUGCAGCUGCUGCCGCCUCGUCCUCUUCGGCCGCCACCUCGGGCCCCCCAGCAGCAUCCCCCCUUAAUGGUUUCAUCAGCUAUGUGCAGUCCCGGGGCUUGGAGCUCAAGCCCGGCGGUGGCAGCCCGGGAGACGCCUACGGGGCAGCGGCUUUGCUGGCCAAAGGUUCCUGGCACCCCCCGGCGCUGGGAGGAGGGGCCGCUGGAGGGGGCGGCGGUGCCAGGGGCCCCGUGUCCCCGCCCGAUUUGGCUUCGUCCCCCCGCUGCCCGCGGGAGCCCCCCAGCCUGGCCGAGGCGGUGUACAGCAUCUAUCGGGAGCGCUCCAUCCUGGCGGGUCGCCGACGGGCAGCUGCAGCGGCUGCAGCCGCCGUGGCCGCAGCAGCCGCCGCCGCGGCGGCCAGCAGCAGCAGCCCCCCACCGUGCAGCCCCCCUGAGAGCUGGGGGCGGCAGAGCACGACCAGCUCCAUCGUGGGCUCGUCCCUCAGCGCUUUCGCGCUGUUGCCCUUGCAGGGAGACCGGGACCGCGUAGGGGACGGGGACGGGGAGGAAGCCAGCUGCAGUUGGCAGCGCUCUCCCGGAGAGAGAGGCUCCCAGGAGAUCCCGCUGGGGGAGUUUGAGUUGAGUUUAACGGAUCUCAGCGAGGGUGCCGGCCGCUGUGGCCGCAGGCGCAGGGAGCCCCGCGAGUCCGAGGACGAGGAAGCGGCGGCGGUGGCGGCUGCAGCGCUGACGGUCACCACGAGGGGGCAGGGCGGCCGUCUGCCCAGGACCGGCAAAUACUUGGCCUUGAGACGCCAGAGCACAAGCGGUCUCCUCGACUGCAGGAGAUCCGCAUCCCCAGACCCCUCACCCACCCCCAGCGUGACUGAGGUGGACGUGGACGUUUUGGCGGAAGCCUCCUCCGCAACCCCUCUUCCCCUGGGGGCCUCUCCUCCCGCCUCGGCACAGGCGAACAGGAGAGACUCCCAGAGCUCCCAGUCGGAUCAAUCCAGCAGCAAUAAGGGCUACACCCCACUGGAGGAGGCGGGCACCUCCUUGGAGUCUAUCAUUGACACACCAGCCAGUAAAACCCAGGACUGUGCAGAGGACCCGGCCCGGGAGGGGAGCCCCCAGGAGGGUACCAGCAAAGAGCAACAGACAGUCGGGCAACCUCAGCCAGUGCAGAGGCAGUUUACAAAAAAAGAGAAACUCAUUAUGAUCUCCCGGUCUCAUGCCAUAGGGAUGGAGGAUGGAGAAUUGGAAAAUACAGGCCUAUAGAAAAAGAGGUUAAUAGAGACACGAAGAGAGACCAGAAGAAAGAGGGAGCCACCCACUCGAAUCACUGAAUCUCCAAUUCCCCCUUUCUCUGUGGAUUUAACCGAGGGAACCAGUCCAAAUCCAAAGAGCUGCGGGGCAGUUUUCCUUGAAUCGAGUUCACAGAAUUUCUGUAGAUAGCUCCAAGCAAUUUUUAAAAAAAAUGCAAACAAUCCUCUAUGUCCGAUUGUGAUUGUAUGUUCCAUGAAAACCAAAAUGUAUUAAAACAUCAGCAAAUCUA